CGUGGACGCCUUCGAUGCCCGUGGACCCGGCACGCUGUCGCACGGCUACCAAACAGCCUGCCUGGCCUCUUUGUCAACAUCAUCCUGCCACGCCAUCGAUCGUAUCGAGCACCGGCUCGCCAGCCUCGACACCCCUCUGCCAGAGGCAACUCCUCAUCGCUACCAUCGCCAGGCAUCAGCGGCCACAGUCACCGGCCUCUUGCUUUCGUUUGGCGUAGCUCUGACGUUAUCAGCAGAGAGUUGGGCGCACCAGUCUCAAUCUCUCGUCUUUCCACAGUCGAUCCUGGACAUGCAUCGGUUGGCCAACUCAUGAUCUUGGUCCGAUCGUGUGCUCGCCUGCAACGGCCUGUAUCCUCAGCAAAGCCAUAACUGUUUGCGGCACGCCGUCGGGCUUCGCACCGCCAUCAUGCCGAUCGGUGACCUCUUGGCCGAAAUCUCUGGCAAGCCGUCCUCGCCGAGCACAGGCACCUCCGCUCCUCCAGCACCAGCAGGUCUCAAGCGAAAGAUCUCUGCAUCAAGUUCGCUCACAUCGAAUAUCGCCAAGAAGCCCGCGACAGAGUCGAGCGCAGCACUGGUCAGACCGAAGGCGCCGAGUUCUGGAGGCCCUUCGACUUCUUCCAGCGUCCGCAGAACAGAUAGCGAAGUGACAGCCUCUCAACGCCCGAAUGGAUCAGCCUCUGGACCGCCAACGAUAUCAAGGAAUGGAGACCUCGGCCAUGCGCAGGUCCGUAGGCAUGGUCCUGACACAUCGCGUCCUCGACCAAUAUCAACAAACAGACCUGCGCCAAGUGUUGCACCGAGGCCAUCUCCGACCGCAGCGAGACCAGCACCGACGACAUCAGCAGCUCCAAAGAAGGGAUCAUUUGCAGAGAUCAUGGCCCGUGGUGCCAAAGCUCAACAGACCAUGGGCAAAGUCGGCGUCAUACAGCAUAAACCGAUAUCCAAGCCCAUGAAUAAAAAGGACAGGGACCUCGCCAAGUUGGAGGACAAGAGCACUGCCAAGCGGCCCUCUGGUAAAUUCCCUGGAGUUGCUGGCAAGGUUCCGCCCACAGCGGCGCAAAAUGGCUCUCGCAUGUCCAGUGGCACAAAAGCCACCGUCAAAGGUGGUGCUGCUCUGGGUGAGAAGCCUGGGCCUGGGAAGAAAGGCUCCAAAUCUUCCAGUGCAGAGAGCUCGGAGAAGAAGGUCAAGAAAAGCACAUCAGCAACCACUGGGUACACCGGAACCGCGCGUCCAGUACCUGGUGCGACCAGAGGCGGUGCAGCAGGCCGGGCAGGCGGACCAUCACGCCCUGGCCAGCGUGAUCGAGGCUUGCUCGCACCACCAAAGGCUUCUCGGCGAGGUCAGGCCGACGACGACUACGACGAAGACAUGGAUGAUUUCAUCGACUAUGAUGAUGAAGAGGCCGAAGCCGAUCCGUACGGGCGACCUGGACGUUACGUCGAGUACGAUUCGGAUGGCUCCAGCGACAUGGAGGCUGGUCUCUCUGACAUUGACUCGGAGGAACGUGCUGCGGAGCGGUUUGCCCGCAAUGAGGACAAGCGCGAGCAGAUGCUUGAGGAGAAAUUGAGGCGCGAGAAAGAAGAGCGCAAGAAGAGACUGGCUCAAGGCUAUCGUUAACCAGGACGUCUACAACAUUACUCGACUUCAUGCGGUCGACUAUUUCAUAAUUCUUCAUCCAGGAGGGAUCAGACUUUGGAAACAACCAUGCGGAAGCGGAUCGCAGCAACGCGAUCAGGUUUGGCGAGGGCAGAGAGUGGUUCUAUACUUAUUUUGCAUGGCAUUUGGCGUUUUCAGGAACACACGGGUCACUCAGUGUCCACCUGACAUGGCAUGGCACGGCAUUGGCAAGCAUUUCCCCAACUUGAUUAGGCAUUUUUCAGCAGGGCCAAGUUAGACGUUCGCCCUCCUAUGUAUGUAGAACAGGGACCUAAGAGAGCAUAGUUAAUCGUUCAACCCCUA